AUGGAAUUUUUGAAUAGAGUUGGUGAAAAUAGCAAACCCAAUGGAUUCCCUCUUGCAUUCGGUAAAUCAAUAGAGCUGGUUGAUCGAUCAAUAGUCGGACUUCCACCGAUGGAUCCUGAUUGGGACCGAGAUAAGAUCUGCCAGGAAUACUUGGAUAAGUAUGACUAUCAUCUGCACCAAUUUGGUGCGCAUGGAUACAAGGUUUAUUAUACCAUGAUCGCACAGGACCAUCUGGCUGGCAUAGUUUUCUAUCCCAACUGCUCAGGUUUCAAGAAUCUCGAAGCGGAUCACGUCUGGAGGCCUUUCGCUCUACUUAUUCAACAAAAAGAAAUAUUCCAACGCAUUUUCAAGCGGUCCUGCAGCCAAAGACACAUUGAAAUGUUGGACUAUCUGGAGAAUUUUAUCAGAUCCUACAAAGGAGUUCCAAAAAUUGCUCAGAUAUGGCCUACUACACUUGCUCACUCUAAAUCUGGAACAAUCUUUGGUGUUGAUAAGCAUUUUCUAAAAUUUUUCCAAGAGAACGAGAAGAACCUUCGGAAUGCGUUCGUUUUUCUUAUGGGCGAUCACGGGCCACGAGCCAGUGGCGUAGGCAUCACUGCUCUCAGUCGUUACGAAACAAACAAUCCAUUGUUGUUGAUAACAAUUCCAGAAAAAUAUCGCAAUUCUAGCAUCCAUAAGCAAUUAAGGAGUAAAUCUAUGGAGCUAAUAACGGCAUUUGAUAUUCAACCAGAAAAGAACUUCAGUGAUAGCGCUUUUCUGGAUAUGUCACCGCUCAGUAAAGGGUCGUCAUUGUUAAGAAAAUGGAAAGGAAUUCGAAAUUGUCGUACUUUACCUAUUUCUUCACACUACUGCUUAUGUCAGUUCAACACCUCGGUUUUCAAAGAUCAAAAAAUCGAGGAGGAAUUGGGCAUUUUCUUGACGGAAAACGUGAAUGUGGCUAUACAAGAACACAUAAAAACUGGAUUAUGCAUGAAAAAUUUCUACAAUUCAACCAUAUCUACCUUAGCUCUGAAAGUCGACAAUGAAACUAUAUAUGAAACUGUUGUCUCGGUCCGCCCCUCCGGAGGAAUUUUCUCAGCCCAUAUUCGCUCCACAGCAGAUGGCUUUAAGCUAAACUCUCCUGUUAUAAGAAGAGGCUCUGAAGAAGGCGACGACGCCGAAACGUUAGCCAGAAUAAAGAUCAAUAACAAUCUUGUUAGUCAGUUAAUCGACAUCGAUAAGAUUCCAUUUGGCGGCGGAGCUCUCCAAUACUGGAGGCGGAGCUCUCCAAUACUGGAGGCGGAGCAGCCUCGCUCCUGGUCUCUUAUGAGCCCACGCCUGGAGCACACGGAGAGGACCUUAGCUACCGGACACACUAGGCCUAGGCAAAGACGCAUGGGACGACAACACCAAGGACAACGAUGCAAGCCGAUGCCUCUCGAUGAUGCACCCGCUGGCGGCGAAGCACAGAUCAGCUACCAGAGGACUACUGCCCCGAUACACAGCUCAGCUUCUAUGACGAGCACCACCGAGCGGCUCGUGCGUACUUUGCAGGAAACCAACGAUGACGGUAGCGUACAUGGGAGAGAUGUGAAGACGCUCCGAGACGCUACUGCCCUGACGGUUACAGAAGUAUGGAACGAUGCCAGGUCAGCAACCAGCACGUUAACAAGGAAAGCGGACGAAGGUACUUAUACUUCACAAUUUAGGCGACGAGCCACGCAGUUUUCGCUGUGGUUUCGCCGCCUAGAAAACGUAAUGCGCCUGCGUGCUGCAGCUGCGACGCCCCAAGUUGCGGAGCUGUCAGUGACGUUUGCUAAUGGUCAAAAAAUGGGCAGUAGCGAAGGUCGAAAUGGUCGAGCAGCUGUUAGCCGCGCCGCACGUGUGAUAGAGUUGGCUGAACCGCCACAGGCGAAUAAAGAAGAACAUAGAUAUGUACGCGGAAGUCUACAUCGUACAAAUCGACCACUAUUCUUUCAGCGAGCAGCAUCAGCACCAUUAUUCUAA